CUUGUUAUCCCACGGUUCUGUUCCGCCACUUCCACCCACCCACCUUGACCUCGCCUCGCCUCGCCCACCCGUUUUUUUCCUUCGCCCUGCCCGUCUCGAUCCGGAGCGAGCGAGCGAGCGCCCGCGGGUCGCCACGCCCCGGCGGAGCGGAGAAUGGGCCGGGGAGGCAUCGGAGGCGCCGUCGCGGCGGCCGACCUCGAGAACAGCGACUCCACCCGCGGCUUCGUCAGGGACGUCAAGCGCAUCGUCGUCAAGGUCGGCACCGCUGUUGUCACCGGGCAGAAUGGCCGGCUGGCCAUGGGCAGGCUCGGAGCUCUCUGCGAGCAGGUGAAGGAGCUUAAUUUCCAGGGGUAUGAGGUGAUUCUGGUCACCUCUGGCGCCGUUGGCGUCGGCAGGCAGAGGCUCAAGUACCGGAAGCUUAUCAACAGCAGUUUCGCCGAUCUGCAGAACCCACAGUUGGACCUGGAUGGGAAGGCCUGCGCUGCCGUCGGCCAGAGUGGCCUAAUGGCUAUCUACGAUACGCUGUUUAGCCAACUUGAUGUGACAUCGUCUCAGCUUCUUGUUACGGAUCGUGAUUUCCGGGAUCCAAGUUUUGGGCACCAGCUUCGUGAGACUGUUGUCUCCCUGUUAGAUCUUAAGGUGAUACCGGUGUUCAACGAGAACGAUGCUAUCAGUACGAGGAGAGCGCCAUAUGAGGAUUCAUCUGGUAUAUUCUGGGAUAACGACAGUUUGGCGACGCUGUUGGCAAAAGAACUGGAUGCUGAUCUACUUAUCAUGCUUAGUGAUGUGGAGGGACUCUAUAGUGGUCCACCGAGUGAUCCUCAAUCAAAGAUUAUCCACACCUACAUCAAUGAAAAACACGGGAAGCUAAUUAAUUUUGGGGAGAAGUCUCGUGUGGGAAGAGGUGGAAUGCAAGCUAAGGUGGCAGCUGCUGUUACUGCUGCAUCAAAGGGCGUACCUGCUGUAAUUGCAAGUGGAUUUGUAACAGAUAGCAUUAUUAAGAUUAUGCGAGGAGAGAAAAUUGGUACACUUUUCCAUAAUGAAGCAAAUGUCUGGGAUUGUUCGAAGGAGGUGACAACCCGUGAGAUGGCAGUUGCUGCAAAAGAUUGCUCACGGCAUCUCCAGAAUUUGUCAUCGGAGGAGCGUAAGAAGAUUUUGCUAGAUAUUGCCGGUGCUCUGGAUGCAAACGUGGAUUUAAUUAUAUCCGAGAAUGAAGCUGAUCUAGCUGCGGCACAAGAUUCAGGUUACGAGAAAUCCUUGGUUGCUAGGAUGACCCUGAAGGCAGGAAAGAUAACAAGCCUUGCUGAAUCGAUUCGUGCAAUUGCGGACAUGGAGGACCCUAUCUCACAUACACUGAAAAAAACAGAGGUUGCUAAGGAUUUAGUUUUCGAGAAGAUGUACUGCCCAUUAGGUGUUCUCCUAAUUAUUUUUGAGUCUCGUCCUGAUGCCCUGGUCCAGAUUGCAGCUCUAGCAAUCCGAAGUGGAAACGGCCUUCUUCUGAAAGGAGGAAAAGAAGCUAUGAGAUCAAACACAAUAUUACAUAAGGUCAUAACCAGCGUGAUUCCAGAUGUUGUUGGCAAAAAGCUUAUUGGCCUUGUGAAAAGCAAAGAUGAAAUUGCUGAUCUUCUAAAGCUUGACGAUGUGAUUGAUCUUGUUAUUCCAAGAGGCAGUAACAGGCUUGUUUCUCAAAUCAAAGCACAAACCAAGAUUCCCGUUCUUGGUCAUGCUGAUGGUAUCUGCCAUGUUUAUAUUGAUAAAUCAGCUGACAUGGACAUGGCAAAACGUAUCGUAUUGGAUGCAAAGGUUGAUUAUCCUGCAGCGUGUAAUGCUAUGGAAACACUACUUGUUCAUAAAGAUCUGAACAAGACAGAGGGUCUUGAUGAUUUAUUGAUGGAACUUGCGAAAGAAGGAGUUGUUAUUUAUGGUGGGCCUGUCGCACAUGACACACUGAAAGUACCAAAGGUAGAUUCAUUUCAUCAUGAGUAUAGCUCAAUGGCAUGCACCCUCGAAUUUGUUGAUGAUGUGCAGUCAGCGAUUGACCAUAUCAAUUGUUAUGGAAGUGCACACACAGAUUGUAUUAUCACAACUGAUAAGAAGUCAGCAGAUACUUUUCUACAACAAGUUGACAGUGCUGCUGUGUUCCAUAAUGCAAGCACAAGGUUCUGUGAUGGGACUCGCUUCGGUCUAGGUGCAGAGGUUGGCAUAAGUACAGGGCGCAUACAUGCUCGUGGACCUGUUGGCGUCGACGGUCUUUUAACCACUCGGUGCAUUCUGCGAGGGAGUGGACAAGUAGUGAACGGCGACAAGGGAGUUGUGUACACCCACAAGGAUCUUCCUUUGCAAUGAGGGUAGAGGAUUCCUGCUGUAGAGCAAUUUUUGUAGAAGAAUCCUCUUCAAAGCCCCCCUUCUCUCUGUGCGAGGAAUGAAGGAAGACAAGAGAGCAUUGUUGUUACUAUGUUUGCAGGUAGAGGAUUCCUGCUGUAGAGCAAUUUUUGUAGAAGAAUCCUCUUCAAAGCCCCCCUUCUCUCUGUGCGAGGAAUGAAGGAAGACAAGAGAGCAUUGUUGUUACUAUGUCGCUAUCUAGUUCCGUGAUUGUUCGUGUACAAUGAUUUAUCCAUACAAUGUCGUAGUUAUGGCACUAGUUGUUGUAACUGUAGAAUUGCAUCGGUACAUCUAUGCUACAUAUAUGAAGUAGCUGUACUGUUUCUGAUGAAGUCUCAAAUCCGUUGUCAUGUUGUCUUUCUAUGGCAAAGAGCACCUGAAAUGAA